GCCACCUGUCAGUGUCCAUCAGUGCCAGCAGUCAGUGCUCAUCAGUGCCACGUGCCAGUGCCCAUCAGUGCCACAUCAAUGCCACAUAUCAGUGCAUACCAGUGCACAUCAAUGCCACAUAUCAGUGCCCAUCUGAGCUGCCUUUCAAUGUCACCAUCAGUUCCAGUCAGUGCCACCUAUCAAUGCCAAUCAGUGCCACCUAUCAGUGCCAUGCCAUCAGUGCCACCUAUCAGUGUCCAUCAGUGCAGCCUAUCAGUGCCCAUCACUGCAGCCUCAUGAGCGCACAUCAGUGAAGGAGAAAAAUCACUUAUUUACAAAAUUGUAUAA